AUGGCAACAGCGGCCGAACUCGAGCACGGCGACAGGGCUCGAGGCUGUCUGUGUGUCCUCUGCGGUCUCCCCGCCGCGGGGAAGUCCUCGCUGUCCCGUAGCAUUUGUCUCGCCGCUGGUAGACAAGGUUGGAGAGCCGCUGUGCUACAGUACGAUGAGCUGAUCCCGGAUCAGGCUUUUCACGCAAGGGAGGGACUUCCAGACGAGGAAACUACGUCACAAGAAUCGCGCACAGAUUGGAAAUUUCACCGCAAUGCGGUGUUGAAGAGCAUUGAGCAGUUCCUGGAAAAACAGGAAAUAACGCUCAAGCCUUUAGGCAACGGCAGCAUCGAUGGGCCUACGUGGGAACACACCGUCAGCGCUCCCCUGACGCUCGAACACACUCGGGCUGAUACAGAGCCACUUUUGUUUCUGUUGGAUGAUAACUUCUACUAUCCAAGCAUGAGAUAUGAGGUCUUCCAGCUGGCUAGAAAAUAUUCACUGGGUUUUUGCCAGGUGUACGCGCAGUGCGCCGUCGAGCUGUGCCUCAGCCGGAAUGAGAACAGGCCUGGUCCCGUCACAGCCGAGGUGAUCAUGGAGAUGGCAAAACGUCUGGAAUCUCCAAAUUCAAAGAAAAACCAGUGGGAGGCAAAGAGUGUCACAGUGGACACCUCAGAGAAUGUUUCAGAAUGUGAAAUUCAGAAAGUAAUGGAGUUGAUCUCAUCUGCACUCAGUGAGCCGUUGAGUCCAGUUGAGGAGGAUGAAGAAUUCAAGGAGGCAGACCGCCAAAGAUGCGCCGCCAGCAUCAUUCACCAGGCUGACCAGGCCUGUCGCCGUCUCAUAUCCGAGACCAUGAAAAAAGCCAAAGAAACUGGCGUCUCCUGUCAAAACAUGAGGUCUUUGGCCACUCAUCUGAACGAAUCUAAAGCACAAUUUCUCCAAAAGCUGCGCGCACAAGUUCUGCAAAACCCAAACUUAUAUCAAGAAGCCAUGGAUGUGGAUCAUGUGGUGAAGACGGCGUUAGCACGUUUUGACACUGAAAGACAAGAAAUCCUGUUGAAAAUAUUCCAAAACCAUUUAAUCAUUUAA